AUGAAUAUUGUUUUGUUUUGUGCUUUAUCUGACUCAGAGUGGCGACUUGAAUUUCUAUGACAACUCUUGCUCUGUGUCAUUAGCACUAUUGAGUCUAGGUCUGAGACUGAAUUCCUAGUAUCAAAUUAUAACCUGUGAUAAUGCUUUUCCUUACAGAUGAGUUUAUUUGACAUGUAUCUAUUUUAAUAAUGUCAAUCAGGAGAUUGUUUACUCGGCAUAGCCGAAAAUUUUUUAUUGGAGGAGCCAUUUUAUUCUUUUUCUUAGUUUGGUGGGUGCCAAGAAGUCUCGUUGAUCAAGUCAAUCUUGGACAUCGUGGCAUACUUCUUGGUCAUGUGCUGAAGCAUGACUACCAUGACCGUGAGUAUGAAACACGGGAGCUGCUGCAAACUGGGCUCGGGGAGCUUGGUGCUGCUGCAUUUUUGCCCUCAAGAGUUACAGAGCAGGAGAAAGAUGAACUCUACAAAGUCAAUGGCUUCAAUGCCCGACUUUCUGAUGAAAUUGCCCUCAACAGAUCACUAAAGGAUAUUAGACAUCCCAAGUGUUUAACACGGCUGUAUCUGGCUGAUCUGCCUACAGCUGCUGUGGUGGUUCCCUUCCAUAACGAACACUGGUCAACUCUGCUGCGCACAGCUUUCUCUGCAUACAACAGGGCUCCCAAGCACCUGCUCAAGGAGAUUAUUCUUGUUGAUGAUGCUAGCACUAAAAGCUUUCUAAAGGAGAAGCUAGACACGUUCUUGGCAGAGCACCUUCCUGUGGCGCGGGUGGUGCGUCUCUCUGACCGGCAAGGCCUGAUCAGAGCGCGACUGGAGGGCGCCAAACACGCCACUGCGGACACCCUCGUCUUCCUUGACUCUCACACGGAGUGCACCACCAACUGGCUGCCGCCACUACUUGAGCCAAUCCAGAAAGACUACCGCACUGCCGUGUGCCCCUUCAUUGACGUGAUCGACUUCGAGACGUUUGAGUACAGAGCUCAGGACGAGGGGCGAAGAGGCGGCUUUGACUGGGAGUUCUUCUACAAACGCCUGCCUUUACUGCCGGAGGACGAGGCCCUAAUGCCCGAGCCUUUCAAGAGCCCUGUUAUGGCUGGGGGACUUUUUGCAAUCAGUACAAAAUUUUUCUGGGAGCUUGGAGGCUACGACCCUGGCCUGGACAUCUGGGGAGGCGAGCAGUACGAGCUUUCGUUCAAGGUGUGGCAGUGUCACGGCCAGAUGCUCGACGCUCCGUGCUCCAGGAUCGGCCACAUCUACCGCAAGUUUGCGCCCUUCCCUAAUCCCAGAAAAGAUAACUUCGUGGCUAGGAACUACCGCCGUGUUGCUGAAGUUUGGAUGGAUGACUAUAAGAAAUAUCUCUACGCCAGACAGCCUGGCUGGCUCCAGAUAUCGACAGGAGACUUGACGGAGCAGCACGCGGUGCGUGAGCGCAACAAGUGCAAGCCGUUCCAGUGGUUCAUGGACGAGGUCGCUUUCGACCUCGUCAAGCACUACCCGCUGGUCGAGCCUCCUGACUACUGCAAUGGCACUGUAAGGAGCAUGGCGAAGCCCUCGCUGUGUGUGGACACUCAGUUUAAGGGCCAGUUUGACCGCCUGGACUCACUGGCUGACUGUUCCUCCAGCUCCCAGCAGCUCUUCCAGCUCACUGGCUACAAGGACCUGCGGCCGCUCAAGAGUCAUAAUUGCUUUGAUGUGCCUGAUGUGGCGGGAGCUCGUGCCCCUGUCCUGCUCUACGGAUGCCAUAAAGGCCUUGGCAACCAAAUGUGGAACUACAACUUGGAAACGCACACGAUCAGGUUCGGGCAGUACGGUUCCCACUGCCUGGACGCUAACCUCGCUACCAAGGAGCUCUUCGUGUCGGCCUGCAACGAGGGCAGCGAGUCUCAGCGAUGGGAAUGGACGUAUGUCAACGAAGAACGCCUCAAGCGUUACGAUAUACUCGACCCCUUGCCUUCUUAAACCACAAAUUCGUCAUAAUACUUGCUCAUUUUCUACUCCUUGCUUCUAUGGAAUUUAAAAAUAAUUUAAAAUCAGAGAAACGUGCUCCAUGAGUAGGAAAGUUUUUAUUCUUGAAUUGAGUUUGACAACGAAUUUAAAAAUGCAAGAUCGUGCCUCCCGAGUCUUGCUUUGCUCACCGUUACCUAUACCUUAUCAUCGAAUUGAGAAUCAUAUUGAUGGGGCGCACGAUUUGUACUGUUAACAUGAGUGUGAGUGAUAAAUAGGAAAUGGGUGUGCUAAAAUCUCAGGUUCUAAUGAGAUAAGUCGUUUCAUCUGAUGAAAAUAAAGCCACUCAAAAUCUACUUGAAACUUACCUGUGCAAUGUUUAAUUUUAGUAGCAGAGCAUUUAGGAGCAGCUAAGUGAGAAUUAUUAUUGAACGGCCAGUCUUUGGUAUUAACGAAUGCAUUAGAGAUGUUGUGUGCUCGCAUAACCCCUGGUCAAUAAGCUGUCAAGAGGGCAUGUCAAUUUUCCAUGGUGCGCCAUGAUUAAUUUUAAGAAUUACGGCAGUUCUGAUUAGUUUUCGCGCUUCAUAAAAUCCCUGCUGUGGCUCGAAAAAAUCUUUCACCUUAUAUUGAGAAUGAGAAAUGUUUAUUUUCAUCCGUAGCUUGUUUUUAAACUAUAUAGAUCGACUUGAGAGUCGGGCUUGGAGUCCUCGAAUUUGCAGGUUUUUAUUUAUUUAAGAAGUAAAAAAAAUAAUUGGAAUAAUUGGUAAGUAUUUGUAUAUGAAGCAAUAACGCUCUUAACGUUCCAAUAUAAAUAUUAAGACAAUAUUUUACAAUUAUUUAUGCAUGUCUUCUUGAUAGGUGAACGCCAUUUCAAAGAAUCACAUUUGCGUAGAGCUUUUUGGAAGCUGAUGUUUGUUUCUCCGAAGCUGAUCCAUUAAUAUGUGAGAAAUAUUCCAUUAUAUGAAUUUAGUUUUGUGUUAUUUAUUUUGAGAUAUCCAUGCGGGCUUGUGUUAAAACCUGUUAAUAUUACAGUUAAAAGAUAAUUCGUUAAAUAAUUAAGUGUAGGUAUCGCUCAUUAACGAAUCAAACAAACCACCCAGCUUCAUUGCUCAAAUCACGGCAACUUUUCAUUAUUUAUGUUCGUUCUGUAUUUUCACCCAUUGCGCGAGUUCACCCUUGGCGCCAUGACUUACUAGUCAUUCCUUCUUGACUUAAUUCCAACCGACGUGCAGACUCCGAACCCGUAUGAGCAGUGAAGCCAAGUAUCAUGGAUACCACCAUGAUCACACUUAGAAAUUUGAAGGAAGUCAUGUGGUGCAGCUCCAGGAUGCAAUUAAUAUUGACUAAUAAUCUUCUGGGGAGCUUUGAUGCAUCGAAUAGUAAAGUUCACGGACAGAGUUUGUGCCAUGGUCCAGCGUCGUAGAUCAUCAGUAUUAGUACUGGAUCAUCAAUUAGUAGUAGAUUGUUCCAGGAUGCGUUCUAGCCCUCCACAUUCCGUACCUAUGUCAAGCCUACAGGUGCACUCCAUUUCCACUGACAUGAGGUUUUGCUGUUUCAAGUUUAUUGUCGUAAUUUUGUUGUAUAGUCGAGUAGUGUGACGAAAUUUAUUUUGACGAAAGUAAUAUUAGAACUGUUUAAGAUAUUAUAAUUAUUGAUAUAUGAAUUCUUAUGCUCGCAAGAUAUUAUUUAUUCAACUGGAAUAAUGGAAUGCAAGAAGUAUUACUUAGAGAUAAAUUAGAUAAAAGAUAAAUAUUAUCAUUUGUCCGUUUGCUCAUGUCUUCAAAAGCAUAAUAUUCAGCUUCCCAUUCAGCUCUAAAUGUGUACAAGUCUAGAGUUCCAUUAGUUACACAGCUCAAUCCUUGUCGCAGCAUUAAUGAUAGCUGCCUUGAUACAAUUAUUUUUAUAUAAAGUCAAUAAGGCUUAAAUGGAAUUUAUGGACCGUUUUGUAUGUGGUUAUUUGCAGAUGCCUAGCAUAUGUAGGUACCUAAUUAUUUCUUAAUUCCUUCGCCUCUCAUUUACUCGUAAUUUUUCUUUGGUAUGGAAUUUCUUGCAUAUAUCGUCCUUCACAUGUUUGCAACGCUCAUGUCGUUACCGCUGUGCAAGUUUGUUAUUCUACUUAAAUCAGCGACUCUUACCGCCACUCUGAGCUGAUGCUUCUCUCAUGAUCAACAUGGACGUUGAUCUUAAUAUAGUUGGUCCAUUUCGACUCUGCAUUCUGAAUUUGUUGUAAAAAUCUUGUCUCGCCGGCAACACUAUUUUUUUUUUAGUUUUCGGUUUGAAUGCAUAAAAGUUUAUAGUGUUUUCUGAAAGAGUUGUGGCCAAAAAAUUUGAACUGCUUGUGAAUUUUUCUACCGCAAUCUGCUUUCCUGAAUCUGGCCAUGGAAAUGGAUGAAUUCAUUUAGAUAUUUAUCUUUACAAGCCAAGGAUCAGAUGGUAAUAUUGGCUAAAUGUUAUCUUCUUUGGUAUCUUAUCUACUAGGAAUAUUUUAAUUGACUUGUGAGCCAUCCAUGAAUGGUAAUCCGUUUGCGUUUCAUAAGGAUCUUUAAAGGUGAGUUUAGGCAAUCGUGACCAAUGUAAAAGCGACGUUACAAAGAGCAGAUCAACUUAGGUCUAUUCUGUAUGAUUUUUAAUAAAUGGCUUCGUAGUGAUAGAUGUUGAGUACAGAAGCUUGCAGGGUAACAGACACCUGCUUAUAAUAAUGCUCUGCAUGGGAGUCGUUGGCUUUUGUCGGAAUAAAAUUCUUUUACUGCCUUAUGUGAAUAAGAAUUUCAAGUGUCGUUGAGGUGAAUAAAUAUAGUUAUUGUAUUGCACCGUUUUGUGUGCUGCAGUCUUGGUGUAAUUCAGAGCACGUUGUGUGUAUUCUGUUUCUGUUUUGUGUGGCAAUGUUACUCUGUAAUCCAAGAAAUUUAUGCACAUUUUAUUGUUUCGUUUGUAGUUGAUUUGUUUUAUCAUUCGAAAAUAUGGUCUUUGACAUUCCACGUUAUUAAUAUUGUUGACGUUGAUUUAAUUCUAUUUCGUGUGUUAUCAUUUAUUCGUGGAUUGAUGAAUUUUCUCUUUAGAUUGAACACGAUUACCAAUUUAUAAUCCAGUCUUCGAUGAGAAUGAAGGACUUCUGAUGUUCAGUGUUGUCUUGGGACUACCAUACAUGCGUUGUGUUAUUGCGUGCAACGAAAGAUUGGCAUUUGCCUGUCGAAUGGCUGUGUGAGUUUGAUGUGUUUUGUUACAAGUUGAUUUUAGUAAAAGUUGCAGUAAA